GGAAAGCCUCCUGCAGCCGAUGUCUUGUGAUUACCUCGGGAGCUCUGCUUCGCCAGUGGAAAGUGGAAGAAGGAAGGAUCUAGCGAAAUAUGGCUACGGAGGGCCCUGCCACGCGUCGAGUCCAAGUGGCAGAACAUCCCAGGUGGGGGAGAGGAGACGACGCGCUUUGAGAUCGCCUGGAUUGUUGAAGCUAAAGGAGAUGUUUAACUCUAAGUUUGGAUCCAUUCCUAAGUUUUAUGUUCGAGCACCAGGAAGAGUCAACAUAAUAGGAGAACAUAUAGAUUAUUGUGGGUAUUCUGUUCUUCCUAUGGCUGUAGAACAAGAUAUGUUAAUAGCUGUGGAACCUGUGAAAACACAAACUCUUCAACUAGCCAAUACAAAUCCCUUGUACCCGGACUUCAGUACUAGUGCUAAUAAUAUUCAGAUUGACAAAACCAAGCCUCUGUGGCACAACUAUUUCCUAUGUGGAUUUAAAGGAAUUCAGGAACACUUUGGUCUUAGCAACCUGACUGGCAUGAAUUGCUUGGUGGAUGGAAACAUCCCACCGAGUUCUGGACUCUCUAGUUCCAGUGCUUUGGUGUGCUGUGCUGGCUUGGUGACGCUCACAGUGCUGGGAAUGAACCUAUCCAAGGUAGAACUUGCGGAAAUCUGUGCCAAGAGCGAGCGUUAUAUUGGCACUGAAGGAGGAGGGAUGGACCAGUCCAUAUCAUUUCUGGCAGAAGAAGGAACUGCCAAGUUGAUAGAAUUUAGUCCCCUGAGGGCAACUGAUGUGAAACUCCCAAGUGGAGCAGUGUUUGUGAUUGCCAACAGUUGUGUGGAAAUGAAUAAGGCAGCGACUUCUCAUUUCAAUAUCAGGGUGAUGGAGUGUCGGCUGGCUGCAAAGCUCCUGGCCAAGUACAAAGGCUUGCAAUGGAAUAAAAUAUUGCGGCUAGAGGAGGUGCAGGCCAAACUAGGGGUCAGUCUGGAAGAAAUGCUGGGGAUCAUGGAAGACGCCCUUCACCCUGAACCCUAUAGCCCUGAGGAGGUCUGCAGGUGUCUGGGAAUUAGCCUGCAGGAGCUUCAAACCCAAGUUCUGAGUGCAAACACUCAAGAUGUGCUCAUCUUCAAACUCUACCAGCGGGCAAAGCACGUGUACAGCGAGGCUGCACGGGUGCUCCAGUUUAAGAAGAUAUGUGAAGAAGCACCUGAGAACAUGGUCCAGCUGCUGGGGGAAUUAAUGAACCAGAGCCACGUGAGCUGCCGGGACAUGUACGAGUGCAGCUGCCCUGAGCUGGACCAGCUGGUGGACAUCUGUCGGAAGUUUGGGGCUCAAGGGUCACGACUCACUGGAGCAGGAUGGGGAGGCUGCACAGUAUCAAUUGUACCUGCGGACAAGCUGUCCAGCUUCCUAGCAAAUGUGCACGAAGCUUAUUACCAGAGGAGUGACCGAAACUUAACAUCCGAGAAGCAGAGUUUGUUUGCUACCAAACCUGGGGGUGGGGCUUUGGUUUUCCUUGAGGCCUAAACAAUGUAAAAAAUCUUAGAGAAACUAUUUAGGGCAUUUGGGAACUGGCAGAACUUCUUAUGCCACAGUAAAUUAAUCCUCUCUCUGUUUUGUAUUAUGACGAACGGUUGCUAUUAUCAAGAUGUAUUUCCAAAGAAACGGUUGAAAGCUC